AUGAAUGAGGAAGAGAAACAUGCCGUUGACUCUUUAAGAAAUGAGUGUAAAGAGUUACUCUCCACACAAUUUGGGACUGAAUUCAACCUUCUUCGUUGGGCACAGGGUUACGGUUUUGAUAUUGAUGAAGCAUCGGAAGAACUAACACGCCAUCUUAAAUUCCGACGCUUUUACGACCUGGACAAUGCUGAGAAAAUUAAAGAACACGAAAUUUUAAAAAAAUAUUUCCCAAUAGGACUAGUUGGAGAAACUGGAGUCGACAACAAUUUACUCGUUAUCGAAUGCGCUGGGCGUAUUGACCUAAUGGGCAUUUUAAAGUCAGUGCACUUGUCUGAUUUUCUGAUCCAAAGAUAUCGGUUCCAAGAAAAGAUGCUGAUGGCGAUGAAUGAACUUGAGAAAAGAAGUGGAAAACAAGCAGCUGUAAUAUAUAUACUAGAUUUGGAAGGCUUGAAGUUUGAUCCCUGCUUACUAAGCAUUGUCACAGGACCAUAUCGCAUUUUGUGGGCUUCCGUAUACACUAAUUACCCAGAAUGGAUUGACAAAAUGUUUGUAAUUAAUGCUCCUUCGUUCAUGACCAUUCUUUGGAAAGCUAUUGGUCCCUUGUUACCAGAACGUACGAGAAAUAAAGUUCGUAUAUUUGGCACGCACGAUUGGCAAUCAGUUAUUCAAAAGCACGCAUUGCCAAAAAACAUUCCCAAACAUUGGGGAGGAACUUUAGUAGAUGCAAAUGGUGAUGCUAUGUGCCGCGAUCGUUUGAAUAUUCCUUUCGAUCCCAUUCCUCAAAGCUUAUAUUGGAAUCCUUCCAAGGAAACACCUGCAGCUGAUGAUAUGACGACUACCGUUGUACCUGCUGGUAAAGCCAAAAUUAUUACUUAUGUUGUUCCUCACCAAGACCAGGAUAUUUUCUUAGUUGUAAACAGAUUCUGCGAUCGAACAUUCGGAAUGGGAAUUUGGUAUCAUGAAAACGAAGCUGCUGUUGAUUUCGACCUGAGUGAGAUGAUGGAAUGGUAUCCUGACUUUGACUACCCUGGAAUGCCAACUACCGAUUAUAUGCGAAUUAAAGCUCCUGGACCUGGAGUUUACAAAAUGAAACUUGGGAACGAAUCCGCUUGGAUUCGAUCCUUGACCGUAUCUCAUAGAAUACGUUUCCAAUCCGAAGACAAGAUGGACUUCUCUAUCUCGACCCUUUAUAAUUAG